AUGAGCGAGUUGCUGGCCCACGCGCCGGAUGUGGUGGUGGAGUGUGCUGGCCACGCUGCGGUGCCCCAAUAUGGUCCAGAGGCGCUCCGGUCCGGUAAGGCCUUGGUUGUGGCAUCCGUGGGUGCGCUGGCCGAUCAGGGCGUGCUUCGUGAGCUCAAAAACGCAGCGCAAAGUGGUGGUGGACAGAUUAUCAUUCCGGCCGGUGCGCUGGGUGGUAUUGACGCGUUGGCAGCGGCUUCCAAAGCGUCGGUGGCCAGCGUGCGUUAUCGCGGCACCAAACCCUGUGAGGCCUGGCGCGGCACGCCGGCUGAAGAUCAAGUAGACCUCUGCGGAUUAACGCACGCAACGCCGAUCUUUGCCGGUGAUGCGGCACAGGCGUCCAGCACCUACCCAAAAAAUUCUAACGUUGCCGCCACGGUCGCUCUGGCCGGAGUCGGCUUUCAGAACACCCGGGUGGAGCUCGUGGCCGAUCCUAACGGGACGGAAAAUAUCCACGAACUGGAUGUUGAGGCCGAUGCCGUGUCCUUUUCCCUGCGCCUGAAUGGCCGCCCGUCGCGCGAAAAUCCCAAAACGUCCAUGCUGACGGCGCUCAGCAUUGUGCGGGCAGUAGAAAAUCACUAUCAGGCGUUGAGUAUCUGA